UUCAAUGACUUCGGUUAAUGAAAAAAUAAUGUCUCAAAAUGUCAUUUCAAUAUUUUAAUGUCAAUAUUCCAGACAAAUUAUCUUUUUGAAGACUAGGCAGCAUGGUCUCCGACCUUAGCCUGUUCCAAACGGAACAAACGUACUAAAAAAAAAAAAAAAUUAAUGUCAAUGUUAAUAUUUCAUAUUAGCACAAUAUUAAAAUUAAAUGAAAUUAAACAAUGGUGCAACUGAAACAGGUCUCGUUACGACUGAAGUCGAUCAAGAGCAUUCAAAAAAUUACGAAAACCAUGAAAAUGGUGUCAGCCAGCAAGUUCACAAAAGCUGAACGCGAGUUGCAAGCGGCUCGACCAUUCGGAUAUGGGCCCCGCAAAUUCUACGAGUCGAGCCAAUUGGUGUUGGGCAAAGUGGACGUUAAGAAGGAUGAGAAGGCCAAAGAGCCAUCUGCUCCGGAACCGGUUACAGAAAAAAUAGAAGAAAAAGACACGAAGAAGGUUAGAAGAAUUUAUGUAGCGGUCACUUCUGAUAGAGGUUUAUGCGGCGGUAUACACAGCGGCGUGGCGCGAAGAAUCCGCCGCGAGAUGACCGCCAGGGAAGCGGAGGCGCCCACGCACAAGCUGGUGUGCAUCGGGGACAAAUCGCGCUUACUGCUCCACCGCACCUUCUCCGACAGUAUGCUCGUCAGCGUCAAGGAUAUCGGUCGCAUAGCUCCUGUGUUUACGGACGCGUCCAUCAUGGCGGCGGCGAUCACAGACGCGGGCUAUACGUACGACGUGGGCGAAAUAUACUACAACAAGUACUUCACACCGGUCAAGUACGAGAUGACCAUUGUGCCCUUCUUCAAUAAGUUCAAAAUCGAGUCAGCGCCCAAUAUAAAUGCGUUCGACGACGUGGAGGCCGACCAGCUGGAGUGCUACGCGGAGUGGACCCUCGCGGCGCUUAUUUACUACGCACUGAAGGAGGCUGCCGCCAGCGAACAGUCGGCCCGCAUGGCCGCCAUGGACAACGCCACCAAGAACGCUGCCGAGAUGAUCCGCAAGCUGACGCUGCUGUUCAACAGGACCCGGCAGGCCGUCAUCACCAGGGAACUCAUCGAGAUCAUAUCCGGCGCCGCCGCACUCAAAUAAACCCACUCGCUGUCAGUAGCGCGGUUUUUAUUCUUAAGGAAUAUAUAAAUUUCCUCUAUUUACAAUCAAUGAUUACUUUGACAUUUAAUGAAUUCUCAUUUUCAGUAAAUUUUAUUUUUAUUAAUUUAUUCUUUUGUAAACAUAUUACAAUGUUCUCAUUGUCUUAUUACAAAGGAUUUAUUUUAUCAAUCAAUGAAGAUUGAAAGGUGCAUCCGCUUGUACUAAUGAUAUUCAAUAAUAGAUCGCCAAUUAAGGAUAAAACGAUUACUGUGUAAUCAGGCCAGUUGGCCAAUGGUGGUGAAUUUACUAAGAAUUAACCGAAAUUGUACCUCGUCGCUUUCCGGAUAACCAAUGAAUCUGACAGAGUAUAUAUUACUAAUGACCUUUCCCUCCCAAAUGCUAAGUAGUGUGUAAAAUUAUCUUUAUAUACUUACAUUCAAUCAGUCAAGAUACUGAGAUUGAUUAAAUGACUUUUUAUUUUUACUUUUAUGCAACUUAAAAUGGCAAACAAACACCGCCCACCUGAUGGAAAGUGGUAACCGUCGCCUGUAAACAUGAGCAGUACCAUGGACAUAACAGAGUGUACUGUUUCGCCCAUGAUACCCCUCAUGCGUUGCCAUUCCUGAGGACUCAGGUGUUAUUCCUCCGUACCCAGUAAAUUCACUGCCAUGUCCCAUCCUUCAAACUCAAACAUAGCCACGCAAAUAACUGCUUCACGGUAGAAACAUGAAUGGGACAGAGGUGCUCAAGCAAACGACUUUUGUACAAAGUCCCCCUCUGGUAAAUGAUUAAUUAUUACGAUUGAUUCAAAACAGAUUUUAGUAGAAUAUAGAUAAUUGUCAUUUAAUUGAAUAACAAUAAAUUCGUAUUUACAGUAUUUAAUUUUA